ACUCACCAUUGCCAACAAGUGUAACUGUUGCUUCUCAGCCACAACAAACGCAAACACAGCCACAGCAAACACCGCAAUCAACCCAACAAGCCCCGACACUACAGCAAUUGCAGUUAAUGCAGCAACAAAUGUUAAUGCGUCAGCAACAGCAGCAGCCAAUUCAAGUUACACAACAAAUGAUGCAGUCACAGGCAUUACAACAAAUACAUCAGCAGCAAACAAUGCAAAUGUUGCAACAAUUCCAACAACAACAGCAACAGCAACAAAAUUUGCAACAAAAUUUGCAACAAAAUAUGCAACAGCAAAUUCUUCAAAGACAAGUUAAUCAGGCUGCUGCUGCCGCAAUGCUGCAACAACAACAACAACCAGAGCUAUUCAACCUUCGUCGUAGAAUGCAAUUAUCAUCUCUUUUACAGACAGCGCAAGUUGCUAAUCCAG